AUGGCUCAGCAUGACUCCCUCUUUCGUUCAUCUCCCAUGUCCUUGGCACAACUGUACAUCUCCAACGAAAUUGGCCGUGAAGUAGUCUCUGCCCUGGGUGAACUCGGUUGUGUCCAGUUCCGAGAUCUCAACCACGAGACCACCGCAUUCCAGCGAACCUUCACAAAGGAGAUCCGCCGCCUGGACAAUGUCGAGCGUCAACUCAACUACUUCAAGGCCCAGAUGGAGAAGAGCAGCAUUCCUAUGAGAAGCAGCUACGAGUUUGAGGAGAGCAUGCUGGCGGCUCCAAACGCUGGAGAGAUUGAUGAGCUGGCUGAGAGAAGCGAAGGGUUGGAGCAGAGGAUUUCAGGACUGAACGAAAGCUACGAGACGUUGAAGAAGAGAGAGGUGGAAUUGACGGAGUGGAGAUGGGUCCUGAAAGAAGCAGGAGGUUUCUUCGACAGAGCACACGGCCAUACAGAAGACAUUCGACAAUCGAUUGACGAUGAUGAUGCCCCAUUGCUACGAGACGUCGAACAAGAGAGCGCCCGCACCAACGGAGAUGCUCAGGGUCAGCAAUCUUUUGCAGUUAUGAACAUCGGCUUCGUUGCUGGCGUGAUCCCCCGGGAACGAUUAGCCGCCUUCGAAAGGAUUCUCUGGCGAACAUUGCGAGGCAAUCUAUACAUGAAUCAAUCAGAGAUCCCAGAUCCAAUCAUCGACCCAACAAACAAUGAGGAAAUCCACAAAAAUGUGUUUGUCAUCUUUGCGCAUGGAAAAGAGAUCAUUGCGAAGAUCAGGAAGAUUUCGGAGUCUUUGGGAGCCGACCUUUACAGUGUGGACGAAAACAGUGAUUUGAGGCGCGAUCAGAUCCAUGAAGUGAACACUCGCCUGAGCGACCUUGCCAGCGUCCUUCGAAACACCAAGAACACACUUGAUGCAGAAUUGACUCAAAUAGCAAGAUCACUGGCCGCGUGGAUGAUUAUUAUCAGGAAGGAAAAGGCUGUCUACUCUGCGCUCAACAAAUGUUCCUACGAUCAAGCCAGGAAGACACUCAUUGCAGAAACUUGGUGUCCUACCCAGUCUAUACCUCUAAUCAGGUCAACCCUGCAGGAUGUCAACGACCGCGCCGGCCUCUCCGUUCCAACCAUUGUCAACCAGAUCAAGACCAACAAGACCCCCCCCACCUAUAACAAGACAAACAAGUUCACGGAAGGGUUCCAAACUAUCAUCAAUGCAUAUGGUACAGCUAAGUAUCAAGAGGUCAAUCCAGGUCUCUAUACCAUCGUCACCUUUCCCUUCCUGUUUGCGGUUAUGUUUGGAGACUUUGGACAUGGCUUCCUCAUAACGCUUGCUGCAUGUGCAAUGAUAUAUUGGGAAAAACCAUUGCAAAGAUCGAAGCAAGAUGAGUUGUUCGCCAUGGCAUUCUAUGGUCGCUAUAUCAUGCUCAUGAUGGGCAUCUAUUCCAUGUUCACGGGGUUGAUAUACAAUGACGUAUUCUCGCAGUCGCUCUCUCUCUUCGAAUCUCAAUGGGAAUGGGAGAAGGUUGAGCAACCUGGUCAGAUGGUGACCGCUCAUCUCAAAAAGGAUCAUCGAUAUCCGUUUGGUCUGGACUGGGCAUGGCAUGGCACAGGUAACGAGCUUCUCUUUACAAACAGCUUCAAGAUGAAACUGGCAAUUCUGCUGGGUUGGGCGCACAUGACAUACAGUUUGAUGUUGUCGUUGGUCAAUGCGAGAUUUUUCAAGUCCAAGAUUGAUAUCUGGGGUAAUUUCGUCCCUGGGAUGAUCUUCUUCCAGUCCAUCUUCGGCUAUUUAAUCUUCUGCAUCAUCUACAAGUGGUCCGUGGAUUGGUAUGCUAUCGGACGAAACCCACCGGGGUUGUUGAAUAUGCUCAUCAAUAUGUUUUUGAAACCCGGACAAGUCGAACCUGAGGAACAACUCUUUCGAGGGCAAGCUGGCAUCCAAGUCACACUGCUUUUGCUGGCGGUGAUCCAAGUUCCGAUACUUCUGCUCCUCAAACCAUUGUACCUUCGCUACGAGCACAACAAGACCGUCGCUCAAGGAUAUCGCGGUAUAGGGGACACGAGCAGGGUCACCCAUGCCCUCGACGACGACGAAGACGAAGAGAAUCCAGACCGUCGAACCAACGGUCGUGACAGCUUCGGAGAUGACGAGGGAGGAGCCAUGAUCACCCAGAACAUUGGGGGGUCAGCUGACGACGAAGAGCACGAAGAGUUCGAAUACUCCGAAGUCCAGAUCCAUCAGACCAUCCACACCAUUGAGUUUUGUCUCAAUUGUGUUUCUCACACUGCGUCGUACCUGCGUUUAUGGGCUCUGUCGCUAGCUCAUCAACAGCUCUCCAUCGUACUGUGGAACAUGACGAUUGGUGGUGCAUUUGGUAUGGAGUCAUUUGCAUUGAGGGUCAUCAUGAUCAUCGUCACCUUCUUUAUGUGGUUUUUCUUGAGUAUCGCCAUCUUGUGUGUCAUGGAAGGCACUUCGGCUAUGCUGCACAGUCUGCGUCUACAUUGGGUCGAGGCGAUGAGUAAGCAUUUCGUUGGUGAUGGUCUUCCUUUUGAGCCGUUCUCGUUCAAUUUGCUGCUCGAGGAGGAUCCUGUCGACUAA